CAAAACCAUGCCAUGUGGUUUGUUGUCACAAUCUGUGGCACGGUUUCGCGACAGACAGCUGCCAAAGAGCACGUCAAAUAAAGUUUAUUUUGAUUAAUACGGAAUGAUAAUAAACGAACGAGUAUAUUAUUGUUUUCAUGACUCUUGAAGGGUGUUAUACAAUAACUAACACGAAGUUGUUUAUAGUUCCUUAACUAGAGAAGUCGUGUGUGGUAUUUCGAAUAUUUGAUCCUCGUGCAAAUUCUUGAAUGAAUUGAUUUAUGGAGUGACAUUGACAUGUGAUCGCGCGGGAACUUUGAGUUCAGUUCUGUGGUGAUCGCGGGUGAUAUAGCUGCGUUGAUCGAAGGAUAUCUGUGUUGGUGUUUUAUCGAAGUUAUGUUAAGUGAAAGUAAAGUGUGCAAUGCGGUUAUGUGGCUUUGGUGACGUUCUUAUUGCCAAUAUAUGUGCAUGCCCUUGCGAGGUUGGCAAGAUCCCAUACAUGCGAACAAUUCCAUGUGUACUUCCGGACUUACGGAGUAACAAUUAACUUAUUUCUUUAUCAAGAUUUUACGGUUAAAAUACCAAAAUGCCGUUCACAAUGAAAGAAGGGGGUUUUGGGGUGGGUGAUUACGCGGUGUUUGGUGUACUCUGCGCUGUCUCAUGUGCUGGUGGCCUGUGGUAUAGUGCUAUCGGGUCCAAGGCCCAGAAAGUGGUAGACGUCAAAGACUAUCUCCUUGGAGGACGAGCACUCUCCACGUUUCCAGUUGCCAUGUCUCUGAUUGCCAGUUACGUCUCUGGGGUGACGAUAUUGGGGACUCCAGCUGAGAUAUACAACUACGGCACUCAAUACUGGCUGGUGGUGAUUGGGGUGUCCCUCAGCUGUAUAGCUGUGGUUACGAUAUACUUGCCAGUAUUUUGUACACUUAGGCUAUCUUCUUCUUAUGAGUACUUAGAGUUAAGGUUUAACAAGAAUGUUCGGGCAGCUGCCUCGGUAUUGUUCCUUCUUGAUGAGGUACUAUUCCUGCCAAUGAUUGUCUACGUUCCUGCAUUAGCGUUUAAUCAAUUGACGGGUUUCAGUGUUUUUGCCGUAGCUGGUACUAUGGUUACAAUAUGUGGCCUGUAUACUGUAUUAGGUGGAUUAAAAGCCGUGGUGUGGACGGAUUCAGUGCAGACCGGAGUGAUGUUCAUAGGAGUGAUCCUAGUGGCGGCCGCCGGAACGAUUGCCGUCGGCGGCGUUUGGGAGGUCAUCGACAUUGUCAACGAAACCGGACGAUUCGAAUUAUCCAACUGGAGUUUCUCCCCAUAUGAACGACAGACCGGUUGGGGAGCCGUGGUCGGAGGAUUCCUGUACUGGACCUGUUUCAAUUCUGUCAACCAGACCAUGGUGCAACGAUACAUCUCUUUACCUACAAAAAGGAAAGCUAUUACGGCAAUAUUCAUCUUCUGCCUGGGUGCGAUUCUGGCCAUCUCACUAUGUGUAUGGUGUGGUCUUGCGGCCUGGGCUACCUGGGUGCAAGGAGGAUGCGACCCUGGCGGCGUGCCUCUGGUUGACGACAGACUUCUACCAGCUUUCGUCACGUACGUGUCCAGGGCGAAGCACUUGCCUGGAUUGUCUGGGGUUUUCUUGGCUGGAGUUUUUGGAGCCGGACUUAGUUCACUUUCAGCAGUGUUGAAUGCGUGUGCGCUGGUCGUGAUAGAGGACAUCAUCCACGGCUGGCUGAAGCUUCAACUGAAGCCGUUUACUGAGGGUCUGCUGGCCAGAGCGAUCACCGCCAGUUUAGCCAUCGUAUCUGUCGUGAUGCUGUUCGUUAUUGAGAAACUAGGAGGCGUUCUUGGGGUAGCGACAGCAUUAUCCGCCAUUGCAGCAAGCGCAACAUGUGGAGUGUUUACUCUUGGUAUGGUGUGCUGGUGGGUGGGACCCCGUGGUGCCCUCUCAGGGGCCCUUGCCGGGGCCCUACUGGCUGGUACAGUAUCACUGGGGACCCAGGCGGCUGCAGCUAAUGGUUUGAGGGCCCCGCCGCUGAACAUAACCUCAGAUUGUGCCCGAAACGCUUCCUAUGUGGAUUCAUUUACUGAUGCUAUUGACCCAGAAUCAGUGUUCCCGCUGUUCAGGAUAUCGUACCAUUGGAUAGCGCCUCUAGGGUUGCUGGCUACACUCACAGUUGGUAUGAUCGUGGGUUGGUUGUUCGACAAGAAGGAAAGUUUGAAGAUGGAUGCCGAGCUAUUCACGCCGGGCAUGUGGCGAUUCUUGCCACAAGAAGCUAUUGAACGAGCUGGGGAUACAAGGAGGGCCAUUGUAGAUCGAGAAGCCGCCCCUGCUCAUGCUGCACCGCUUAUCCUUGCUACUAUUGAUAAGAUCGAAAUAAAUGGCGAGACGAGCAGGUGAGAUGAGCGGACACACAAACAUUUCUAGGUAUUUUUAUUCAUUGUGACGAAGAUUUAAAUUGUCUAGUCACGCAGUGAUGUUAGAAAAGUAUUGCUAUUAGAAAAAAAAAAUAUGUUUAUGAAAAAAUCGGUGAUGUAGGGGCAUUAUAAAAUUCGCUCUUAAAAUAGAAAAUUGUAGCAUAGAUAAGGUAAAUUGAUAUUUUUUUAGCCUUUAAAAAAACCAUUCCGUUGGUUAAAUGUUGGAAAUGGUGAUGUAGUGUGGAACAAAAAAAGAUUUUUUGUUUUUCUGACUAGUGAAAGUUAUAAUGGGACCAAGAGACUUGCUGAGUAUGUUAUAAGGUGUAUUUGUUUGGUAAAUAUAUGCGCUGUUUGCGACCAAUAAAUAAACAAUGUACUUACAUAAAAUAAAA